AUGUCGACAUCCGGAACGCUGACUAGCUACUACGUGGAUUCCCUCAUUCUGCCCGAGACCGAGGAGCUCCCCGUGCCGCGGUACCCCUCCGGUUCGGGGCUCCAGCACGCGCGGCACCAGCCCGCCUCCUCCAUCAGCGACCACGGCGAGCUGGGGACCUGCACCUUCCCGUCCAAGGCUCCGGUUUUCGGGCCGUCAUGGAACCACGUCCCGGCUCAGUUCCCGGGCGCCGUCUCCUCGGUGUACCACCACGCGCACCACUACGGGCACCCGCAGGGACCCGUGGCCGCGGACCCGGACGGCCGCUACCAGUCCUGGCUCCUGGAGCCCGUGUCCGGCUCGCUGCCCAUGAGCGGAUUACCGACCACCCAUCACCCCUACGGAAUCAAACCCGAGGCUCUGGCCACGCGAGCUGACGGCGCGCUGGCCGGCUCCCACACGGCCCUGCUGCUGUCCGACUACGCCAACGGCACGGUGGCCACAGCGUCACCGGGAGAGAAGGACGAGCUGACCGUCCAAGCCGGAGACGCGGGCGGGGAGGGCGACGAGAAACCGGGCCUGGACCCAAGUAAGUCACAGCCAACCCCCUCAUCCCCACCCCCCUUCGUAUUUGAACUAUUUUACACGCAUAAAGCUGUGAAGAAUGAUGUCCAAGAUGGGGAGGAGGGGGGGUGCGUACCACCAAAUGCCAUUCUGAACGUGCCAUUUCCGUGCGGGGGCUGUUAA